AUGCAUGGUUACUAUCUUAAGGAUAAGGAUGUUAUGGAUUAUGAGAUUAAAUUCCAUAACACUUGGAUAUUCAAGGGUAUAUUAAAGCAAAGAGUGAAGAUUGUGGACAUGCAACAACAUUGGAAUGUAGCUCUGCAGCAAAACAAGUUCAGAGUGACAACCUUUCACAAUACCAUGAUUGAAGAUGAGAACAAAGUUCCUUGGAGUAAAAUGGUGAAGUAUAACAAGGCUAGACCUCGUGCAGUUGUAUGCCUUUGGAUGGCCUGCCAUGGGAAAUUGGCCACAAGGGACAAAUUAUGGAGGUUUGGUUUAAUCCAAGAUAGUGUGUGUGUGCGCUAUGUAAGAAUGAAGAGGAGUCAAUUAACCAUUUAUUCUUCAGCUUCAACAAAACUGAACCAAUUUGAAAGAAUAUUUUGA